CACAACGCUCAAAGUGGUGCGCACCUGCGCGCGCGCGCGCGGACACACGGACGUUACACUUUGCACGCACCCCGCACCGCACGUCCAGUCGCCAUGGUCGCUGUCACCGUGACGCGGAGGUCCCGGUCCUUCGUCGCGCCGUCUCCGGCGCCGGCGCCGGCAGCCGAGGCGCAGACGCUCGAGCUGUCGGCCAUCGACCGCGUGCCCGGGCUGCGCCACAACGUCCGGUCCCUGCACGUGUUCCGCGGUGGCGGCGACGGCGGCGGCGAGAUGCUGCGCCGGCCGGCCGCCGUGAUCCGCGCGGCGCUCGCCCGCGCGCUGGCGGACUACCCGCCGUUCGCCGGCCGCUUCGCCGGCUCCCUACUGGCCGUCGACGCCUGCGUCGCGUGCACGGGCGAGGGCGCGUGGUUCGUGGAGGCCGCCGUCGACUGCAGCCUCGACGACGUGAACGGGAUGGAGUACCCGCUCAUGAUCUCCGAGGAGGAGCUGCUGCCUGCGCCCGACGAUGGCGUCGAUCCUACCAGUAUUCCAGUCAUGAUCCAGGUGACUGAAUUCACAUGUGGAGGAUUCAUCUUCGGCCUGGUGGCAGUCCACACCCUUGCCGAUGGGCUCGGAGCAGCGCAGUUCAUCGGCGCGAUCGCCGAGCACGCCCGUGGCGUGGACAAGCCCAAGGUGGCUCCCGUGUGGGACCGGGCGCUGAUGCCCAACCCACCCAGGCUGCCCCCCGGGCCGCCGCCGUCGUUCCGGUCCUUCGGUUUCCAGCACUUUUCCACCGAUGUCACCUCCGACCGUAUAGCCCAUUUCAAGACCGAGUACUUCCGGGCCUUUGGCCAGUACUGCUCCACCUUCGAUGUCGCCACCGCUAAGGUUUGGCAGGCCAGGACCCGGGCUGUCGGGUACAACCCCGAGGCCCAGGUCCACAUGUGCUUCUUCGCGAACACGCGCCACCUGCUCACGCAGGUCCUGCCGAAGGACGGGGGAUACUAUGGUAAUUGCUUCUACCCGGUGACCGUGACGGCGAAGGCUGAGGAUGUUACUACUAAGGAGUUGCUUGAGGUGAUUAAGAUGAUUCGCGAUGGGAAAGCGAGGCUCCCCAUGGAGUUUGCAAAAUGGGCCUCAGGUGAUGUGAAGAUUGAUCCCUACGAACUGACGUUCGAGCACAACGUGCUCUUUGUGUCUGAUUGGACGAGGCUGGGAUUCUUCGAGGUGGACUAUGGAUGGGGUACACCUAGCCAUAUUAUACCAUUCACUUAUGCAGAAUACAUGGCGGUUGCCGUGCUUGGUGCUCCACCGAUGCCCAAGAAAGGGACCCGGAUCAUGACUCAGUGUGUGGAGGAUAGCCAUAUCAAGGAAUUCCAAGAGGAGAUGAAGGCCUUCGUUUAAGUUAUGUAUGGGGAGUGAUUUGGAAUAAAUUUCCUAAUUGUGGGUAGCACUUGCAGGGUCCAACAAAAUACCAUGCUUGUUGUAUUGCGUUAAGAUAUCAGCUGGACAAAUAUAUAUGUGUGUAACUGUUAUAUAAUUAAGUUAUAAGAAGUUAGCUCGUGAACUAUA